AUGCAGCGCAUCUCCGCGUUUUGGUCUUCGAGAGACAGACCAAAGUCGAACGCUGGAGUCACCAAUGCUGCCCCUGCCGCCCCCCUUGACACUGUUAGCACCUUGACCCGUCGCUACGGGCCCGAGGACUACUGGCCGUCGACGUUGGAUCGCGAGAGCGAGAAGGCGGCUCGCAUUCUUCAGGCAUUCUGCACUGAAGGUUGCGUCGCCAAUCACGAUGACAACACUAACAAUCUCGAGAGACGGUCGUCCGUCACGUCACUGCAGCACAAAAAGAGGAGGAUACCGCCGAGGAUAGUCCAGAAUGCUGUCGGUCUUGCAAUCUUCUCUUGCAUGAGAUCCGGGUUGUGGAAGAGCGGCAGCGGAGGGAGCGGAAUUCUGGUUGCCAGGAAAUCCGACGGAAGAUGGUCCCCUCCUUCGGCAUUCCUGCUGCACACGGCAGCUCUUGGCUUCGUGAUAGGGGUGGAUGUUUACGACUGCGUCUUGGUCAUCAACUCGAUGUCUGAACUGGAGAUGUUCACACGGCCCCAAACAACACUAGGCGCAGACGUACAGCUCGCUGUUGGACCUCUCAUAACAGACGGACGCAUCGAGAAUGAGCUCCGGGGCAAGGACCCAGGGCACACAGUAUUGACCUACGUCAGAGCGAGGGGCGAACACAGGGCGGUCAACAUCGAUGGUUCGUCGGUCACUGAGCGUGGGUCAGAGAAUCAAAGGUUCUACGGAGGCAACGUAUCUGUCCUUGACGUUUUGGCGGGACAGGUGCCUGAGAAAGACGCACCGGAAAUCAAGACACUGUACGAGGUUCUCAAAUGCGCGGAGGGCAGGGUCGACUUCAAUGCGCCCCUUUUGGAAAAGUUGGCAUUGCAGCCGGCUCCGGGCGACGCCUUGAUCGAACCCUCAUCCGCGAUGUCUCUGCUCUCUCCUGGAAGACCUGCAUUCGGAGUCCCAGAUAACGAAGAUCCGGAUCCAUUCGGUGUGAAGGCGCUCGAGAUGGCGGGGCUUGAGAUUCGAGAAGCUGGAACGAGACAUAGGCCUGCUAGUAGCCAGUUCGAGUACAGCCCGAGCCCGAACAGUCCUUUGUUCGGCCAGUUCAACAACCGCCAGAGCACAGACACCUACAUUACCCAAAGCAACAGGGGCAGCUACAUGUCCAACAGAACAACUCUCAGCCGUAUGACUGAUGCAUUCACACAGACGACAGUCGACACUCGGGGGACCACGCCCACGUCCGACGAGGGCGUGGACCGAGCCUCUAUUGACAAGCUACCGGUCGUCAUGGAGCCAGAGGAGAUCGACUGCUCGCAUGAAACGGUCACCAGAAGCUCAUCCCGAGAGCGCCCAGACUCGAUCCCGGAGGACAGUGUAGCAGAAGAAAAGGCCGCGAAUGAGACAGUAACGGCCCCGCGGGAAAUUGCUAUGGGUGGCAGCACUGCCGACAAAGCAGACAAGGUCUCUCUGGAUGAGCGGGAUGAGGACGCAGACGAUGAGGAAGAGGAAGGCUCAGAAAUCGAAACUGACCCGGAGCUCGAGGACGGUGCACAGGAGGAGGAGGAUGAAGAAGACGAUGACGAAGAUGAAGACGACGAACCGAUCGUAUUUGAGUUGGCAACAGCUGCUCAGCCAGUCCGAGCGGCUCCACUGUCACCCCAGGUCACACAGAUUAUUCACGCCAAGGGAGCGCUCGUCAACAUCCCCAAGCGUGUGAUUCCGGCAAUACCACCGAGAAGUCCAGCAAGGUCGUCCCGUUUCAGCAAGAGCGACUUCGGCGAGAUUCCACUGAAGAGCCCACUGAGAAAUUCGUUCCAGUCUACGAGAACGAGCAAGAGUGAAGAGGGAGCAGAGCAUAAUACUAUGGACGGAGUGAUCGAGUCUGCAGCCAAAUGGGCGACUAAUGUAACACCAGCAAGCCCAUGCGAGCAGGACGCUGAGACACAAGAGCAGCAAUUGCGGUCUGGUUCGUCCAUGAGCCAUCACCGGGCGUCUUCGCCAACAUACACUACUGUAGUUGAGAAGCAUUUGAGCUUGGAAACGGAGGAUAUGCCCAGAACGCCAUCCACACUACACACGUCGGGACCGACCUCAUCAGGGGAUGAGCAGGAGCCGCGCACGCCGAAACCAGAGAGCGAGAUGGCCACAACCAAAGAUGCCAAGGCGGCAAGACACGAGGUGAUGAGUUUUGGGGUUGAAUUCGAGGCUACUUACUAA